CGUCCUGUUUACACCGGAAGCUACGUCAACGGAAGUGUUUUCAAACUCAAAGAUGGCGGAAGAGGAGAAUUCACUUGCCGAGUUUGAAGAAAUUGACUUUCUCAAAGACAGGCAUGUACGUUUUUUUCAGAGAUGCCUUCAAGUACUACCGGAGCGAUAUUCCUCCUUGGAGACCAGCAGGUUGACCAUAGUGUUUUUUGCUCUGUCUGGUCUGGAUGUUCUCGAUGCCCUGGAUGUUGUAGACAAGCCCAGUCUGAUUGAGUGGAUUUACUCGCUACAGGUCCUUCCCACGGAAGACCAAUCGAACCUUGGGCGAUGUGGGUUCCGAGGGUCAUCUCAUUUAGGAGUUCCAUACAACUCCUCUAAGGGCCCUGGAACAGCGCACCCAUAUGACAGCGGUCACAUAGCCAUGACCUACACCGGCCUGGCCUGCCUGAUCAUCCUGGGCGACGACCUGGGCAGGGUCAACAAGGAGGCCUGUCUGGCCGGCCUGAAGGCCCUGCAGCUGGAGGACGGCAGUUUCUACGCAGUGCCGGAGGGAAGUGAGAACGACAUGCGCUUUGUGUACUGCGCCUCCUGCAUCUGCUACAUGCUGGACGACUGGUCGGGCAUGGACGUGAAGAGAGCCAUCGACUACAUCCGCCGGAGCAUGUCGUAUGACAACGGCAUUGGUCAGGGAGCUGGGCUGGAGUCACAUGGGGGCUCCACCUUCUGCGCGGUGGCCUCGCUGUGCCUGAUGGGAAGGCUGCAGGAGAUGUUCUCGGAGAAGGAGCUGAACCGGAUUCGCCGCUGGUGCAUCAUGCGCCAGCAGACCGGCUUUCACGGCCGCCCCAACAAGCCCGUCGACACCUGCUACUCCUUCUGGGUGGGGGCCACCCUCGAGUUGCUGGAUGUCUUCCAGUACACUAACUUUGAGAAGAACCGCCGCUACAUCCUGUCCACGCAGGACCGCUUGGUCGGCGGAUUCGCCAAGUGGCCGGACAGCCACCCAGACGCGCUCCACGCCUACUUCGGGAUCUGCGGCCUGUCCCUGCUCGGCGAGUCCAGCCUGCGGAAAGUGCACCCUGCCCUGAACGUCAGCCAGAGGGCCUUCGAGUACCUGCAGCAGCUGCAGCGGACGUGGAGGGAGAGCUGCACAUGACGGCUCGCCCCCCCACCCCACCCCCUCGGACCCCCCCUCAGCACCACCACCUCCACCGCCGUCGCCUACAAGCCAUGAGAACCCCUCUCGCCCCCCCCACACCUUCCAAACCUUCCCCCUUUCUCUCUGACCUUAGCAAUAGAUAUACGUUAGCAGUUAGCCUGUGCAGGAGUUUUGAGUCUCUCUGAAACAAGGGGAAUAUAAUUAAUAAAUUAUCUCUUGUGGGGCGGGGCGGGGGUGGUGGGGGGUCUUCAAUAAUUGAAAAGAAACUGGCGGACUAGACUGUGCCCCGGGAAAGGCUGCCGCUGUUUAGCUUCACGGGGAGGAGAGUCUCUCCCAGCUUCUGCUUUGUUUCCUUUGAAAAGCCUUCACUUUUUAUUAUUCCUCUCUUAGGAAGGUGGUCUUCGAACAAAAAGCAAAGCGGACGUCCCCGGUCGUUUGAGUCACGGUCACGCGCUCAAAUUUUAUUUCCUAAAGUUUUGUUCGAGUCCGUUUUUCAUACUUCUGUUUGCCUUGAAUUUAACACAAUUCUCCUUUUGUUAAAAAGUGUCUGUGCAAAAAAAAAAAAAAAAAAAAACGUAUGUUGCUUUUACCAAUUUAACUUCUCUCGCGUUUGUUCAAAAUGAGUUUGGAAGCGGAAAAAAAGCGAAUCGGGGGAGUAGGGGCUGCGGAACUGAGAGGCUAGCGCGCAUUUCGUUGCAGCUCGGCUCGUGUCGCGAGAAACGGCCGAAACGGCGAUAUGCCAGAUCCGCUUACUGGACGACGUGCCUCGGUCAGAAAACACUGCGCGCGCACACGAGUCUCAGGACUGGCCUGUGUCGCUGCAGAUCGGCCUUAAUUAAAAAUGAAUGUUUGCUUUGUGUGCGUACCGCUACACAAGGCACUGUCAAACGGAAUAAUGUGCGUCUGAUGUCAGUUAGUCCAUGUAAAGUGUAAAUUUAGAACGACUACGUUACAUGAAUUAAUGUUUAUAUAUUUUAUCUAUAGAAAUAAUAAAGUGGAUGUGACAACUCUAAUUGCGGAUAUGCUCGAUUUCCUGUUCUGUUGCCGGUGAAAUUUUCAUAUUUGAAAUGCAGUGUUUUUGGCCACGGAAUCGAAUCGAAAUAACAGACAGUACAGAGCUGGUAGUGCAUAGUAUCUCUAACGUUUGUUUAUCUCUACAGUUGGGGCCCCUAGAAUUAUGGUAGUGUGAAUGGAUUAUGUAUAUUUUAACACACAAAUUCCCUGUACCUAACAAUCAAGUCCGUAUCUGCAGGAAUACAUCACUGUUGGGUUUCCUGAAGGUUUUUUUAUCUCCUUUAUUACAUUUGUUUGAGUUCAGUAAAACAUGUUGGUUUACUCGUCUCAUAUGCAAAACGGAAAAAAAAAAAUUUGACUACCCGAACAAGAGCCACAUUUACAAUGAGUCAAUCACACGACAACGUUUCAUGAAAUUGUUUACUAUGCUAACAUUAAAUUGGUAAAGUACCCUGUACUUGCUGUGAUGUACCUCAUUCAUUUACGAGCUUCGGUAAGGAAGUAACUUCAUGGUUAUGAAUUUUAUUUGUCAUUGCAUUUGUAUGUGGGAAAUAUUCUGCGUGUAAUAAAUGUUAGUUAUUUUGGCGCAAAAAUC